GCGGCCCUCGAUAGAGGUGUCCGGCCAUUCUUGUCUUUCGAGUCAACAUCGACCUUUCCCGUGUCAAGGAGCAUCUUGACCACGACCUCGUGUCCGUACGCGGCGGCCCCCGAUAGAGGUGUCUGGCCAUCAUCGUCUUUCGAGUCGACAUCAACCUUGCCCGUGUCAAGGAGCAUCUUGACCACGACCUCGCGUCCGCCCGCGGCGGCCCCCCAUAGAGGUGUCAGGCCGUAUUCU